CCACCAAAAAUAAAAAAUCAAUACAGUUGUCAAAAUUCACAAAAAUGAAAACAAAGUUUUCAUUUACUCUAAAUAAUUGCAUUAUUUUAUUAGUUUUAUUGAAUUUUUCAAUUCAAAAAGCAUCAACGCUACAGCGAACAUUGAAAAAAUAUGAUACCCUUCACAUAGACGAUGUAUCACAUAAAGUUGUUAAAAGAGGCUCAAAGCAUAGUUCAAAUCCGUACAAUGUUAUAAAAGAAGUUGAAUUUAAAUCUUUGGGCAAACAUUUCCGCUUAAUAUUACAUCCGCACAAAGAAGUUUUGCAUAGUAAAUUUAAAGCUUAUACAGUGGACGGCGAUGGCAAGGAAGAUAUUGUUCAUAUGGAUCAUGAUCAUUUCUAUUCGGGUCGAGUAUUUGGUGAAAUGGAAUCAAAUGUACGAGCUCACAUAACUGACGGUCUAAUGACCAUGGUUAUUCAUCUUCCAGACGAAGCAUAUCAUAUUGAACCCUCUUGGAGACAUUUAAAAGACCAUGACAACAACACAAUGGUUGUUUACCGAGCUUCUGAUGUUAAACUUGAUUGGUUAAAAAAGAAAGGCGAACUUGGUGCUCCAAUGACUUGUGGCUAUGUUAAAGAGGGUUUAGAAUUGGAAGAAAAAGACGAAGACGAAACAGAAAAUGAAAUUGAUCAUUUUUUUCAUCAAGCUGAUAAUGAUGAUGAGGAAGUUUCAAGAAAAGGUUCAAAUCGUCAGAAAAGACAAGCCGAUCAGUAUGAAUACACACCAACAAAAACACGUUGUCCGUUACUUUUAGUAGCGGAUUAUAGAUUUUUUCAAGAAAUGGGCGGUGGUAAUACAAAAACUACGAUUAAUUACUUGAUAAGCUUGAUUGAUCGAGUUCACAAGAUUUACAACGACACUGUAUGGCAAGAUCGUUCGGACCAAGAAGGAUUCAAAGGAAUGGGAUUUGUCAUAAAGAAAAUUGUUGUUCAUUCAGAACCGACAAGAUUACGUGGCGGCGAGGCGCAUUACAAUAUGAUACGUGAGAAAUGGGAUGUUAGAAAUUUACUUGAGGUCUUUUCGCGGGAAUACAGCCAUAAAGAUUUCUGUUUAGCUCAUUUGUUUACAGAUUUAAAAUUCGAAGGCGGAAUUCUUGGUUUGGCUUAUGUGGGUUCGCCGAGAAGAAAUUCCGUUGGUGGAAUAUGCACUCCAGAAUACUUCAAAAACGGUUACACUCUCUAUUUGAAUUCGGGUUUGAGUAGCUCACGCAACCAUUAUGGCCAACGUGUUAUCACCCGUGAGGCUGAUUUGGUCACUGCUCAUGAAUUUGGUCAUAAUUGGGGCUCAGAACACGAUCCAGAUAUUCCUGAAUGCUCACCAAGCGCUUCACAAGGUGGAAGUUUUCUUAUGUACACGUAUUCUGUUAGUGGAUAUGAUGUCAAUAAUAAGAAAUUCUCACCCUGCUCCUUGCGAUCAAUAAGAAAAGUUUUACAAGCUAAAUCGGGAAGAUGUUUCUCCGAACCAGAAGAAUCGUUUUGUGGAAAUCUCCGAGUCGAAGGCGAUGAACAAUGUGACGCUGGUUUAUUGGGUACAGAAGACAACGAUGGUUGUUGUGAUAAAAUCUGUAAACUACGACGCAAUCAAGGUGCCGUUUGUAGUGAUAAGAAUUCUCCAUGCUGCCAAAACUGCCAAUACAUGCCAUCUGGCAUGAAAUGUCGCGAUGCACAAUAUGCUACAUGUGAACAAGAGGCACGAUGUACUGGCAAUCAUGCAGAAUGUCCCAAAUCACCGCCCAUGGCGGAUGGAACAAUAUGUCAGGAACGUGGACAAUGCCGCAAUGGCAAGUGUAUACCAUAUUGUGAGACGCAAGGAUUGCAGAGUUGCAUGUGUGAUAUUAUUUUGGAUGCAUGUAAAAGAUGUUGCCGUAUGAGUAUAAAUGAAACUUGCUUUCCUGUAGAACCACCAGAUGUUCUACCUGAUGGUACACCAUGUAUUCAAGGAUUUUGUAAUAAGGGAAUGUGUGAGAAAACCAUUCAAGACGUUGUCGAACGAUUUUGGGAUAUUAUUGAAGAAAUCAAUAUUAAUCGGGUCUUAAGGUUUCUAAAGGAUAACAUUGUCAUGACAGUUGUUGUUUUAACUUCAAUAUUUUGGAUACCAGCUAGCUGUGUCAUCUCAUACUUUGAUCGAAAAAAACGAAGACACGAGCUUAAAGAACUCGAUUGGAGUCAAAAAUUAGAUCUAAUACAUCCAAGUGAUCGCAGACGUGUAAUUCAUAUAAGAGUCCCAAGACAGAAAAUAUCUGUUGCCCGAAUGUGAGCGGAACUUUAGCAAUAAAAAAAUAAUGUCUUCAACAAAAAUUUACUUAUUUCAUCUUCAAAACAUGAACCAUUUUGUAUUCAUUAAUUUGUAAAACGUUGAAAAAAAAUAAAAUAAAAAAUAGAUUUACUGUA